AUGACGAAGUGUAUCUUAAAGCUCAAUGAUCCAUCACUUGUCCACGAAGCAUCUCUGCUUAAUGGAGAGUGGGUACAAGCCAGUUCAGGUAAAACAUUCAAUGUCGAGGAUCCAGGAUCGGGUCAAAUCUUUGCUGUCUGCCCAACGAACGAAGUCACUGAUGUCGACAAAUAUGUCGAAUCUUCUCAAAAGGCUUUUGAUGGUUAUCGCCAUGUGAAUCCACGAGUUCGAGCAAAGAUCCUCCUCAAAUGGCACGAUCUUAUUACUGCUGCCCGAGAAGAUAUAGCGAAGAUCAUGGUCUAUGAAACCGGCAAGCCUAUGGCAGAAGCAUUGGGAGAGGUAGACUACGCCCUUGGUUUUGCUUGGUGGUUUGCUGGAGAAGCAGAGCGAAUUCGAGGCUCUGUCGCUCAACCCUCUAUCUCCGACCGUCGGACCUUCGUCAUCAAACAGCCUAUUGGUGUCAGCGUAGCCCUUGUUCCGUGGAACUUUCCGGUUGCAAUGAUUAUUCGAAAGGUUGCUGCGGCGCUGGCUGCUGGCUGUUCGAUGGUGGUUAAGCCAUCCCCCGAGACUCCGUUGAGUGUCAAUGCGCUAGGUGAUCUCGCCCUUCGAGCUGGACUUCCUGCGGGUGUCUUCAAUAUUAUCUCCACUGAUAAUGAAAACACUCCCUCUGUGAGCGAAAGGCUUUGCAAGCAUCCCCUGGUUCGAAAGGUGACCUUCACUGGAAGCACCCGCGUGGGCAGUAUCGUGGCUAGGCACUGCAGCGAAGGUCUGAAGAAAGUCACCAUGGAGCUCGGUGGCAAUUGUCCAUUCAUUGUGUUCAACGAUGGUGAUCUCGAACAAGCAGUCGCGGCGUUGAUGAUCCUUAAGUGGAGAACUGCCGGACAAGCAUGCACACACGCCAACCGCGUCUAUGUUCAAAGUGGUGUCUACGACGAGUUCGCUCAGAUGAUGCUGGACGCAACGCAAAAGAUUAAGGUCGGUCAUGGAUCGGACCCAAGCACCACAAUGGGCCCACUCACAAUCAGCCGCGGUGUCGAGAAGCUCGAGCGCCACGUCGCUGAUGCUGUGAAGCAUGGAGGCAAGAUUCUCUGCGGUGGAAAGAAGCCUGCUGGAUUGACUGGCUACUUCUUCGAGCCUACCAUCAUUUCCGGCAUGACUUCGGAGAUGCUGAGUACCAAGGAGGAGAUCUUUGGACCUCUCCUGGGAUUGUACAAAUUCGAGACGGAGGAAGAGGCUGUGAAAAUGGCGAAUGACACUUCAAUGGGUCUGGCUUCUUAUUUCUUCACGAAAAAUGUGGAUCGCACUUGGAGGUUACUGGAAAACCUUGAAGCAGGCAUGAUUGGCAUGAACACAGGCAACUCAUCUGCAGCGGAGUCGCCUUUUGGCGGAAUCAAAGAAUCCGGAUACGGAAAGGAGGCAGGCAAGGAUGUCGCUAUUGAAGAAUACUUGAUCUCUAAAACGGGGACAUUGACUGUCGUAUCCUCAGUUUUAGCCUAA